GCUGAGCGCCGCAUUGCACUGUGGGAAGGCAGAGAGAUGGCGGCCCCGGGAAUGCGGACUCUGAUAGGGGUGGCGAGGGCCUGGCGGCGGUUUGAGGGGCUCAGGGCCAGUAGCCUUGGUUCUCGCAGCCUGACUCUUGCGGCCAAACCUUCGAACAGCAUGUCUCCAUGGAGCCUGUUGGGCGCAGUGUGCCUGCAGCGGCCACCGCUGGUCUCCAAGCCGCUGACCCCUUUGCAGAAAGAGAUGGCGGCACUACUACAGCAGAUCGAGAUAGAGAGAAGCCUGUAUUCAGACCAUGAGCUUCGUGCUUUGGAUGAAGCCCAGCGUCUAGCAAAGAGGAAAGCUGACCUCUAUGAUGAAGAAGAAGAUGAACAGAAUAUAUUGCUGGUACAGGAUUUAGAAGAUAUGUGGGAGCAGAAAUUCCUGCAGUUCAAACCUGGAGCUCGCAUCACAGAAGCCGAUGAAAAGAAUGACCGAACCUCACUGCACCGGAAGCUAGACAGGAACCUUGUUCUGUUGGUCAAAGAGAAGCUCGGAGAUGAAGAUGUUUGGAUGCUGCCCCAGGCAGAGUGGCAGCCUGGGGAGACCCUCCAAGGAACAGCCAAGCGAACCCUGGCCGCUCUCUCAGCCAGAACGCUGACUCCCUUGACGGUAAGGAGAAUAUCUGUUCCUCUUCAUCACCCAGCUCUCAGCAAAGUACCUGGCACAGAUUAGGUACUCGCUGAAUGUUUAUCAAGUAAAUGGAUUUCGUAGUAUCAGUGCAUAACCACUUUACUGGCCCGGCUACCACCUACCAUCUGCUAAGGAAACAUCGGUGUGUGCUCCCUUGAUCCUUUCCAUCUAGGGGCCUGUGGCCUACAGGAGAGGUAGCGAGACAGAACGGAAUGGGUGGGGGCCUUUGCUGCUCUCUCUGCUUUCUCAGCCAUCACAAGGGAGUUGGCAGCUGGGUUUCUCACCAGGAUCACUGUGUUCAGAUACUCGGCUUCCCUCAUGUCAAACAUUCAUGACUGUUGCUUGCUCGUCUGUACCUCCCGUGUGCCAUGUGGAAAGGGGUUCUACUUCAGCACUACACUUUCUGAUUGUAAUACAUACACGUGAAAGGAAAUAUAUAAAGAUAUGUGGAGAACAACAAGUGUUGGCGAGGAUGCGGAGAAAAGGGAUCUCUCAUACAUUGUUGGUGGGAUUGCAAAUUGGUACAACCACUAUGGAAAACAGUCUGGAGGUUUCUCAAAAAAUUAAAAAUUAAUUUUUGACCCAGCAAUUGCACAUCUGGGUAUUUAUCCAAAGAAAACCAAAACAAUUUAUUAAUAUCUGUGCACCCCUAUGUCCAUGGCAGAACAGUUUACAUUAACCAAGAUAUGGAAGCAACCUACAUGCCCAUCAACAGACGUUUGGAUAAAGAAAUUAUGGUUCAUAUAUACAAUGGAGUAUUACUCAGCCACUAAAAAAAAUGAAAUCCUAUUUGCAACGACAUGG